UGUUUGCUAUUUUUAGGUGCGAGUGAAUUGUUUGACAAACACUUCUUAUUAUCCAAUUUCAUGUUUGUGGAGAAGGCGAGAGUCAUCUACACCAGUGGACACAUGCUUCCAGCGGCCCCAUAUGUGAGCCACAAGUGCUCCAACACUCUCAACGAUUUGUUGCCAUACAUCGACUUCUUCUUCGCCAAUGCGGAUGAGGCGACAGCUUUUGCCACAAUGAAAGGCUAUCCCACGAAAGAUUUGAAAGAAGUGGCAAAACUGAUAGCUCGGGAACCAAAGAUCAAGUACGACAGCCCCAAAAUUCCCAGCGCUUAUAAGUCGGGUCGAGUGGUUGUGAUCACCCAAAGCGAUAAGCCUGUCCUCUACGCCAAGAGUGACUCAAAUGAAGUGAUUGAAUAUCCCGUCAUUCAAUUCAAACCCGAACAGAUUAAGGACACUAACGGGGCGGGCGAUGCGUUCACCGGAGGAUUCCUAGCGAUGUAUAUCAGCGGCAGACCAUUAGAAAUGUCUUUCAAAUGUGCCAUCUAUUGUGCCUCUGAAUGCCUGCAACAGAUAGGCAGUACUCUACCCAAGAAAAUGAAUUGGAAAUAACUUGAUCAUGAUCAAACCAUGAUUUUACUCCCACAAAAUGAUCGACAAUUUAAUUCAUUUAAAUGACUACUAUUUUAUUUAUUAUUAUUAUUCUUUCAAUUUGUCCUUUUUCUUAACCCCAUUCUAACAAUCAGUGAACAUAUUUAUCAUUUAAGUCUUUCCUCCGAUUACUUGUGUCUUAAAACUAAAUGUUUAAAUGUUUUUAAGGAUUUUGUUUUGUUUUUUAUUUUUGGCAUUAAAUCUCUCGAAUGAUUCAAAAUAUUACUUAUAUUUAGCUGUUUUCUCUCUCCCUUCUCUCCCCCUCCCACUAAACCGACACUCAUUUUUCGUUAUACAGAAUCAGUAAUUAAUUUGUAUUAAUUUAAACGUAAGUUCUUUUGGAAACGCAAACAAUUCAGAAAAAUUCAAAUUUUAAUUACGAUAUAAUUAUAUCGAUAUAAGAGACCAAACUCUGUGUUUUCAUAAAAACAUCGAUUUUAUUGUUCAAUAAGAAUACACAACAAUUAAUAAAUUAUAUUAAUUUUUCAAUCGCUUAAUUGUGUGAAUAUACUUUACUGUAUUAAUUAAUUGAAAUGAUAGGUUUAGAGUAUAUUGUAAUUAUUUUCAUUAUACUUUAAAAUACAGAAUAGUUGUGCAACAGUUGCGGUCAAAUAUCCCUUAAAUCAAAUCCUAUAGAAAUAGUGUUACACCAUAUCUGACCUCCCAUUCCCUUUAGAUCUCAUUCCAAAUCCUAUGAUUCCUAUGAUUCCGAUCACCAAUUCUUCCUUAAGACCAGACACUGUCGUCACUUAAACUGAUCCCAACAAACAAUCCCACACUUUAAAUGAUACUUUUGCAAAAAGUAUCUGUUUGUAAUAAUUGUUAUAAAAUUUGUUACACUAAUAACAUACACAGUGAAUGAU